AAAUCUACUGCUGACAUAUUUUCUUUGCUAAAGGUCCAUUGCGCAGGUUACGAAAAAAACCAGGAGAGAUGAGCGGGAUCCGCAGCACCACAAUCCACGUGAGAUGAUUGGGUGGCGGUGCUGCGGCUGCUGGAGUGGGACUCCUCCCAUCAUUCUCGGCCCCGUCCCUCCCUCCUCCGCCUCCUCCUCCUCCUCCGCCGAAUCAAAGGCAAAACCCCAGACGAAUCGCCUUCACAUUGCCGGGCUGGUGCCAUUAGCUCUGUCCCUGACUUUCGCCUUCAACUCACCCACACCUUCCCUGGCCAUCCCUUCCCUCAACUCUCCCUUUCCUUCACCUUCACCUUCCCUCCCCACUACCCCUUUCUCUCAGUCCAAGGACCUCCCUUUGGGUCUCCAAGAUGAUGGGAAAAUCAGGCCCUGCCCCUCCGUCAAUCCCGGUUGCAUAUCUUCCAACCCCAAGUCCUCCUCUUUUGCCUUCCCCUGGAGGAUCCCCGACUCUUCCUCCGGCGACCCCCUCCUGAAAUUAAAGCAAGCCAUCCUUCAAACUCAGAGAAAUCCCAAGUUUCUGGUCAUUGAAGAUACCCCUUAUGGCCAAUAUUUGCAAGCUGAGGUCGAUGGAGGAUUUGGCCGGGACGUGCUGGAGUUCCUGGUAAAAGGAGAUGUGGUUGCUUACAGGUGUAUGGCCGCUAAAGUAACCUAUGUCUACCCCUUCACUACCGCUUUGGGGGAUUCAAAGGGGCAAGAAGAAAGAUUGAAGAAAAUUGCGGACGAGUUGGGAUGGUAUGCCCCCAGUUUUGAUUCCAUGGAUUAGGAGAUUCCCAAGAGAUUGUUAGUUCAAACCAUUCUUUUUAUGUCCCACACUGUGUGUGUGUGUGUGUGGGAUCAAUAUCAUGUCAACUAAAGCCUCUCUCUGCA